UCACCCCUUAAUUAAGUACAUAAUUCUGUUCCCGCCGGAAUACAAAAGAGUUUUCAACACUUAUUACAAGAACUGCCCCCGAACCCCAGCUCAAAAUCCUAGUGCAAUGCUGAAACACUUGUUAACCCACGUUUCCAAUCCCAUUCAAACCCUCAAAACCCUAACUAAAAACCCCCAUUGCAAAACCCCAAUUUCCCAUUUCCACACUCCAAACAAAUCCCCCCAAUUUUCAAACCCUGCAAUAGACUUCAUACUGAAUGAAGUUGAAGACCUCCAAUCAUCAAAACCAGCAAUUAACAACACCCCAGAUCAUGAUCCACCUCUUCGAGAAAGUGUAUCGAAAGAGGUGGAAAUAUCUCACCACUGGCCUGAAUGGGUGGAGUUUAUGGAGAAUUUGUUGAAGAAAGGCUACUUUGAGGAAGUUGGGUGUGCUCCUUUUGACAAUGGGGAGUUGGGUGCUAAGGAUGUGAAUCGGAUACGGAGUGCUUGUCUUAAGUUUGCGCGGCAUCGGUUUGAUCUUAUAAGGAACUUAUCAAGGAAAGAUAUUCAGGUGAUUGCAGGAUCUGGAUGUCCCAGCCUGGACAGGAAAGUUGUCAAUUCUGGGAAGCGUCUUAGGGCACUUGUUGGCAUAGAUGAAGGAACUGUUUGCAGCUCUUGCACAUUAAGAGGAGAUUGCGAGAGAGCAUAUGUGAAGGCACGUGAAGAUGAAUGGGGAAGAACUGUGGACGUCAUGAGAUUUGUAUUAACAUAUGGGCUUGAUUCCAUCACUGGUCUGGUCGAAAACAAGCAAUGCCUGAAUGAAAGGGUUAAGAAAUCUGUUCGAAGGAUACUGAAAAAUUCUGUGGAGCUCAGUAUGGUUGAACUUGAUGAUAAUAUUCCAGAAGGGCCCCCCUCCAAGUGGAAGUCAUCUGUAAAAAAAAGUUCAGUCCACCAGACAGAUAGUCAAAUUGAUGUUAGAAGUCCAGUCCACCCUACUGUUCCAAUGAAGCAGGGUGAUUGGAUAUGCUCCACGUGCAAUUUUCUAAAUUUUGCAAGAAACAUCAAGUGCUUGCAGUGUGAUCGAUUAGACAAAGAAAGACUAAAAAAAUUAGGGAAGGAUCAAGAUCAUCUUCCACUAAAGAAGGGUGACUGGAUAUGUGAAACAUGCAAUUUCUUUAACUUUGCGAAGAAUACAAGAUGUUAUCAUUGUAAAGAAAAACCUCCUCCGCGGAAAAUCAAUCCUGGGGAGUGGGAAUGUGAAUCGUGCAACUAUAUCAACUUUCGGAAAAAUGUGGUAUGUUUAAAGUGUGAUCACAGACGGGCAAAAGCAUCCAACUCUUUUCCUACCUAUACUCAGACAAAUAACAGUAAUGGAGAGAUUCGUCAAUCUAGGCCUUAUUUCGGACAAGGGAGACAAGUUGAAGGCGCCAAGGCUAAUAAGUGGAUAUUUGUCGAUGGGAGGGAAGACCCGGAUGCUUCAGACUCAUGGAAUGUGAAUCAUAGUUUGGUUGAUUUUCCAGUGGUGGGAGGUAAGACAGAUCUGUCUCAAAAUGUGCAGCAGCAAGCAAGGUGGAAGCAUGAAAUGUUGAAGAGGAACAAGAACGUUGUUGAAGCAAAGGAAAAUGCUGACGAGUUUAAGGCUUCCAUAAUGGAGAGACGUCCAAAGUUUUCUGAAACGGCUCAAGAUGAAGAGAUGGCUGGGUGGUUUGGGUGUAGUGGAUAAUUUUGACUGAGAAUUAGCUCUGUGAAAAACUGCUGAGACUCUCUUAAUAUUCCUGUUAUUUUUUUCAUUUUUUCUUUGCUUCAUCAGCACAAACAUAUAUUGAUGUAAAUUAGGGUUAGUUCUCAUUUUCUGUUGUGAUGUUGAUCGCUUUUAAAGAAAUGAUGCUGAUGAAGUGUUCCGGGACAAAUUACACAACACAUGUAUGCAUCCUAAUAUACCAUUUGUAUAUUAUUCUUUGCAACUGAGAAA